CGCCCGACCAUGACUGGCAGCCGCACACCCUCCAGCCCUGUACUCGCCCCCAUCCUGCUGGCUGUGCUGCUGGGCGGCCCUGCACUGGCCUUGGAGAUCGUGGGUGGCCAGCCGGCCCGGCCCCAUGCGUGGCCCUUCAUGGUGUCCCUGCAGCGGGGAAGCCACUUCUGCGGGGCCACCCUGAUCGCCCGUGACUUCGUCCUGUCGGCCGCGCACUGCGUGAAUGGCCGCAACUUCCGGUCGGUGCAGGUGGUGCUGGGGGCCCACAACCUGCGGCGGCGCGAGCGCACCCGCCAGACAUUCGGCGUCCGGAGGAUCUUCGAGAACGGCUUCGACCCCACGACGCUGCAGAACGACAUCGUGGUUCUCCAGCUCGACGGGUUGGCCACCAUCAAUGCCAACGUGCAGGUGGCCCAGCUGCCCGCCCAGGGGCGCAGCCCCAGGAACGGGACGCAGUGCCUGGCCAUGGGCUGGGGCCGGCUGGGCACCAAUGGGCGGCUGCCCAGCAUCCUGCAGCAGCUCAACGUGACGGUGGUGACCUCCCUGUGCCAACGCUCCAACGUGUGCACGCUGGUGCCGCGGCGCCGGGCCGGCAUCUGCUUCGGCGACUCUGGCGGGCCGCUGGUCUGCGACGGGCUGGUCCAGGGCAUCGACUCCUUCAUCCGCGGAGGCUGCGGCUCUGGCUUCUACCCCGACGCCUUCGCCCCCGUCGCGCAGUUCGCCAGCUGGAUCAACUCCAUCCUCCGCCGCCACGGGGACCCUCUGAGCGGGGCCCGCUAG